ACGAGAUCAAAAUAGACAGAACAAAGUUUGCACAAUUUCUGAUUUUUGGCUGUUGCCAUGGCAACUACACCUGAAAAGGACAGUGGUGACAAUGCCUCCCUCUAUAAAGUACUCAGUGGACUGUGCCCGGAUGAUGGAUGUAAAACUCGGUUGUUUUUCCCAGCUUAUGACCGCAGUGUUGAAUGUACUGGAUGUGGCCAGCGACAUAAUAAAUCUACCAUUAAAGAUGUCUCUGAGGUCACUAACCCUGAUGUAGCCCUACACAAAAUGUUACACAACGUUUUACUUGGCCAUACAAAACCCAAGAAAGGUGCUGAUACAAUCAAAGUCCUUGGUUUGUCCAACUACCACUGCAAGUUACUCUCACCCCUACUGGCAAGGUAUGGCAUGUGUAAGCAAACGGGAGAGGCAAAGUUGCUCACAGAGUUGGGCCAGAAGCCAGUGUUUGACUGUUCUGUAUUGGGUGACAGGGCAUUCCUGAUUGAGCCAGAUCACAUAAAGAUCAAAGGCUAUGGCAAAGAUAGAACUGGUAGUGUGGCAUAUCUGGCAGACACACUAUCUGCAAUCCAAAAGGCCAACGACAAUGUAGAAUGUCUAUUACCGAUUCACUCAGAUGGUGACGGCCACUGUUUGGUUCAUGCUGUUUCAAGAGCUCUCAUUGGGAGAGAGCUAUUUUGGCAUCCACUUCGUGAAAACCUCAAAACUCAUUUUGAAGAAAAUUUGUCAAAAUAUAAGCCACUUUUUAAAGAUUUCAUAGGCGAGAAUGAAUGGGAGAACAUCAUAGCUGAGUGUGAUCCAUAUUAUAUACCUCCAGAUGGUGAAGCUUUAGGACUGAGAAACAUCCAUAUCUUCGGUCUUGCUAAUGUCUUGAGAAGACCAAUCAUAUUGCUUGACUCAAUGACUGGCCUUAAGAGCUCUGGCGAUUAUGCAGGAUUGUUCCUCCCUGGGCUUAUGGAGCCUGCAAAGUGUCGUGGCAAAGAUGGAACAUUGAACAAGCCCCUAUGUCUGGCCUGGAGUAACAGCGGCCGCAACCAUUAUAUAGCACUAGUUGCUGUGAAAGGUAGGCCUGUUCCCAAGAUUCCACGUUGGAUGCUUCCCAAUGUGUGGAGCCUGCCCCUUGAAUGUCUGGAGAUGUACAUAGAGUUUGACUCUGAGGGCAAUUGCCUUAUGGGAGGCAAUAAAUGUCUAGGGGACAGAUAUGUGCAGCGUCUGGUGGCGGCCAUUGAGGCUGUGUUUGUAAAGGAACACAAGGUGGCACCUUCAGUAGUAGCAGAUGUUCACCAAUAUGUUUACAAGUCUUCAGGCAUGGUAGGAGUUCCACCUGAAGUGGUGCUCCAGCGAACAGUGGAUGCCAUUGAGCACGGGCGACUCUUUCGUUGUUUGACAUGUGAGGCCACCUUAGAAUGGAGCAUAACUACUGAAUGGUUGAAAUCUGGAGGUACUCUUCAUCGAUUGGCUGUUGCAACACAUGGAGAUUUGAAAACAAACAAGCGAUACUCAUUUCCUUUGCAUGGGUUGGUGUGUACCUACAAUAGUCUCCAAGAUCAACUAGAGCCUGACAUGAGCCUGAGUACAUUACAACACUGUGCUUUCUGUAAAGGGUCUAAUGUGAGACAGUUGAACUAUGACGGCAGUAUACAGUACAAGAAUGGUGACCGUACCACUACACCAGCUGAGAAGACUCGUUGCCAAUGUGGAUUCAAGCAUUAUUGGGACGGCAAGGAAUAUGACAACAUACCAGAAAUAUUUCCAAUUACGCUUGAGUGGGCUGGCAAAGUUGUUGGUGAGAAGGUGGUUUGGUUUCAGUAUGAAUCCAUCCCUGAUUUGAACAGCAAUGUAUAUGAAGUGGCACAGAAACUAGUGCAGAAGCAUUUUCCAGGUGAAUUUGGCAGCGAACGUCUUGUACAAAAGGUUACUAAUACAAUUCUUGUAAAUACUGCUAAAUUGACAAAGAAAGAUGAUUCCACGUCAAAAGUCACUGCUGUUGAUGAAGAUCCUAAUGCUUGGAAGAGUGACGCAGCGUCAAAGAUUAUCUUGACAGGCCAAAAGAAGCGCACUCUACACAAGGAAGAGCUCCACAUGAGUGAGGCAGAAAAGGAAGUGCGAAGGCAAAUUGAGAGUAACGCAGCCAUAAUGCAACGUAGGCGGACUAGGGAUGAAAUAGAGAUGAAAUCUAAAGGUGCUAAAGCUAAACAGAAAGCAGAAGUGAAGACUCCAGAAAUGUCAAAAGUCCCCCCUGCCGCUUCUUCUCCCAGAGACCCCAUGUCUGAUAGAACAAUUCGCAUCACAACCUCAGAUGGCAGACAGAAAACUCUUGAGAUUUCACCUGGUAUUACAUAUGAUCAAUUCACUGAGAAAAUAUCACUAGAGCUAGAUAUUCCCAAACAUCGCCAGAAAAUUCGUUCUGGGUUUCCACCAAAAGUACUGCAGGCUCCCGAUGAAAACCACCAGAUGGAGCCUCUGGCUUUACAACAUGGUGAUAGAGUCUCCGUGGAGAUUCUGCCAGACCCAGAAGCAAUAAGAAGUUCAAAUGAAUUCCCCACUUCUCCCCCAGUGUGGCAAUCUCCAAGCAGCCAACCCCGCCAGUCAUGGUCAACAUUUGAACAUGAGUCCAAGGAUCAUUCUGCAACUGAGUUGCUCAAGGGUCUCGAUGAUAUGCAGAAUGGAGGCGACAGUCUAGAUAUGUCUAUAGCAUCACUUACAUUGAUGGCCACCUUAACUGGAAAGGAUCUAUGGUCUUACUCUCAGGCUAUGCCACAUCUGUUCAGUGUAGGUGGCUUGUUCUAUGAGCAGGUGAAGCGGGACAUGGGUCUGGUAGAUGGACAGCACUGUACUCUCCCUGCAAUACCUGGCAAGCUGUUUCGUUACAACGCUGCUGAUAGCCGCUUAGAACUGUGUCUUGAGCCACAUGGACACUUCCCUGUUGCCCCAGGAAUAGAGGAACAUAUACUGCAAUCUCCAGCCCUCCCCAAACCUCCCAGUUCAGACCAUGCACAUAUAGGAAAUCUCCUGGCGUCAGGAAGUAGUGGAGUUGUUACUAACCCAACAAUGAAAAUACCCAGCAUGCCGUUCUCAGGUCAAGGUCAUUCAUUGUUGUCAAAUGCGGAGAAUAUAAGAAUGCCGGGUGAUAUUGAGCCAAGAGCCCAUAAUCACAGGAGCAAAGCUGCUAAGGUUAGUGGUCUGUUGGGGAGAACACGUAGUGAGAGUAUUGAAGAAGAGCCUGAAUUGGAGAACACUGUUGACAUGGACACUGCUACUGAUUCAGUCUUAGGAGCUACUGAUAGUGAUUCUUACAAAAGAGUUGGCCCAGGACAGAGUGUCCUUGAUAGGUCAGCUCACACAGACAGCUCAGUACAUGCUCACAAUGAACUGUUUAACAAUCUAGUGGCAAGCAUACAGGAGACUGUCAUGGAGGAGGAAGAGUCUAAUACAAGUGAAAAUGUUGACACUGAUAAAGUAUUUGAAGACAAUACACUACAACCUGCUAGUGUUGCAUGUGCGAGUGAUAGUAAAACUAUUUGCAAAUCAUCUCCUAAACAGGAGGAUACUAUUAGUGCUAAGGAGGACAGUGAUAUGAAUUCCUCCAAAGAGCAGAGAGCAGAAGGUGACAAGGCUAGUGAUUCAAAGGAACCUGAAAAAAGAGACCACAUGGACACCACAUAAUUAAACCCCAAUGAUUUGAAUGUGGAUCUAUGUGUAUAUCUCCUUCUCUCUAUGGAUACAUAUUCUGUACAUUUAUACAGUGAUUGUGUAUGACAUCUGUAAAUGUACAUAUAUUGUGUUUGUACAUUGCAUAUGUGUAUAUAUGUACUCAUAAAGUUAUUGUACACAUUUAUAUAUGUACUCAUAAAGUUAUUGAACACAUGUUUAUAUGUACACAUGAAGUUAAUGUACACAAACAUACAUGCUUUCUAUUCCAGACAAUUAGUCUUUUGAGAAAAUCGAAGGUGCAAUAUUAACAAAUACGAGUACAUGCUUUGCCAUAGCAUUUUCAAAUAAUUAUUGCCAUAGAACAUUUACAUAUCCAGCUUUUGUCAAACUGCACAUAAGAUAUGAUAUUUGACCUGUGAUCAUAUUGUAUUGUAUAUGUAAUGCAUAUCACAUUAAACCAUACUGAUCAUUUUUGUAUUGCUAUGGAGAUGUGGUUCAACAUUAA